CGCAGUGUUUGACGUUGCCUUAUAUGGCAAAUACCUCUGGGUAAACCAACAUUGGCUCCUUAUUGUAUAUAAAUACAGGCUUUGCAGUUUGUAUGCACACUCAGGGUAUCACCGGUAUUUGACAAAGGAAGAGGAAAGGCAAAUUAGAGGCAGUAUGUUGGUGCUUGGAUUGGUCGAUAUACCCUUCUGGGCCCAGCUAAUCAUUCUAUUUGUGGCCAUGAUAGUAGCAUACAUCGUGUAUAUGACCUGGGAAUAUGAUAUCUUUAAGAAGAUGGGCGUCGAUGGUCCAAAACCUACCAUGGUGAUAGGGAAUAUGGGAAUGUUUAUGUCUGAGGGUAUAGUCAAAGCGGAAAGGGACCUAUACAUAAAAUAUGGUAAAAUAUUUGGGACGUUUGAAGCAAAGUACCCUAACCUAUUUAUUGGGGAUCCAGAACUACUAAAAGAAAUUUUAGUGAAGGAUUUCAACAGUUUUGUCAACAGAAGGGAUUUUGAUCAGAUGGAUGAUCCUCUUAGGGAUUCUCUUCUAACACUCAAAGAUGACCAUUGGCGAUUUGUCAGAAAUGUCAUAACUCCAACCUUCAGUGGAAAGAAAUUAAGAGCGAUGGGACCACUAAUAAGGCAAGCAGGGGACUUGCUGCUUGCAAACUUAGAGGAAAAGGCAGUUAAAGGCGAGGACACGAGCUUGAAAGUAACGUUUGGGGCCUAUACUAUGGAUAUCAUUGCACGAACAGCGUUUGGGUUGGAGGUAAACUCUCAGAGAGACCCAAAUGACCCUUUCAUUAAGCAUGUAAAAGUAUUCUCCGAUUCCAAAGUCGCAGCAGUUCUCGGGAUAAUCUAUUUAUUCUUCCCCUUUAUGAACUGGAUUCCUCGCGCUAUUCAGACUGCCGGAAUCAAUCUGACUAAAGAUGCAACUGAUUUCUUCAUUUCCGUAACUGAAAAAGCUUUAAAAGACAGGCGACAGAAUCCAGGGAGGUAUGCAGAUUUCUUAGAACUUAUGGCGCAUGCUCAAGCAGCCAAGGAAGAGAAUACUAAAAGCGAAGGCGUUUCUGCAAAUUCAUGGUCAUCUAGGAACAUGCUUUCUGACUCCGAGAUCAGGUCCCAGGCACUUCUGUUUUUCCUUGCGGGAUAUGACACAACAUCUAACAGCUUGACAUUUGUCUUUUACCAUCUGGCUAUCCAUCCUGACAUCUGUGACAAAGUCAUACAGGAAAUUGAUGAUAAUCUGGGAAAGGAACCUGCCGAUUAUGACAACAUCAAAAAACUAACAUACCUGGAAAUGGUUAUCGAGGAGACAUCGAGAAUUUUUCCUGCUGCAUCUAGAAUUGACCGUAUUGCCAGCCGUGAUGUGGUUAUUGGCAACGUCAAAAUCCCAAAAGGCAUGAUUGUGACCAUGCCAAUAGGAGCCAUACAGAUGGACCCAAAGUACUGGCCUGACCCAGAUAAGUUUGACCCCGAAAGGUUUACAGCCGAAGCCAAGGCUAAUAGGGAUCCUUACACAUAUCUCCCAUUUGGAGCUGGGCCCCGAAGCUGUAUUGGUAUUCGACUAGCACUGAUGGAACAAAAGAUGUGUAUUGCGCAGGUCCUGCAAUCCUUCAGGCCAGUCCGUUCUGCAAGAACAGAUUGCCCGCCAAAGAUCAGUAAAUUAGGAAAUAUGGUAACUGAUGAAGGUUUAUGGAUCAAGUUUGAGAAGAGGAGCUGAGCUGUAGUAGAAUUACUGGUUUAAGCCAUGACAAAGCACAGUUUUAUAUUUUGCUGUAAAGGAAAGCAAGAAUGAAACUAGAAAAAAAGAAAUAUUCUAUACAUAUCAAUGGAAAACAUGUGCAAUGAAUUACAAAACGUGUAAACACAGUAAAUCACUUGCAUCACUCGAAAUGGAAUUGCAGUAUGAGACAUUAUGAAUGAAGAGUGUUUGGGGAAAGACAAAGUAGGGGAUAAGUGGAGGAGUCCAGUUGUGGCCACUGAAACUUCACAGCCACACCAGUAAGAUGCUGCAUGUCUAUAUUCAACACUGUUCACCAAUUCUGGAUUUUGUUGUGAUAUUAGUUUAAACUACAAACAAUUAAUACUAUUGCGUAUUGUUACAGUCGUUUAAUUGUGAUUUGUGUUACAGUGAGGUAGACUUUAUUCUGAAUUAUUGUAAAGCAUAAAUCAUGACAUUAUUACAAUUGUAUAGAGGAAUGCAUAAGAGUUACAAAGUGAAAUGUGCAAGUAUCUUGUAUGUUUAUAAGCAUAAUAUGACAGUUUGCCUUUAUCAAAGCGCACACAAAAGUAAUAUAUUGCGCUCUUUUUUAAUCAAUGACAGUUUGUAUAAGUUACUUGUUCUGUAGUACAGAUCGAGUCCCCCAACCUACUGCCUUAUCACUCCUAAAACUUCUCACCCACCCACUGUGUUAUUAGUAUGUGUUUACUUGCAAAUUGGGUUGUGAUAUUAGUUUAAACUACAAAAAAAUGCUAUUGCGUAUUGUUACAGUCUUAUAAUUAUACAAUUUUUGAAAAUCGUCUGAGGUUCACACAAACCCAUUUGUAUAGUGUCUAUAUAUAAGAAUAUCAAAGGUAUGGUGUUGUCUGCCCUUAGCGUAGGGUUCUUUACCUGAAAUAGGAUUAAAUGACACAUCGUCAGUAUGCGUUACAUUGAGCGGUGUUUGGUUUAUUUAUAAAGAAUUGACAUAUCAGUUUGGGUUACGUAGAGAGACUUUUGGUUCAGAUAUAAAGAAUUGACAUAUUAUCAGUUUGGGUUGCGUUGAGUUACGUUUGGUUUAGUCAUAAAGAACUGACACAUUAUCAGUUUGGGUUUCGUUGAGUUACGUUUGGUUUAGUCAUAAAGAACUGACACAUUAUCAGUUUUGGUUACGUAGAGUGACGUUUGGUUUAGUUAUAAAGCAUUGACACAUUAUCAGUUUUCGUUAUGUAGAGUGACUCUGUGAUAUUGGGUCUGCACCAUGCUGAUGUAAAUGGCUAAGUUUGUUCAAAUGAAUGAUUUUGACCUUCAUUCAAUAUCACAUGGGUCAAAUACACUAAACUAUUCAUAUGACUUAUUUUCAAUAACCAAAAGGUCCCGAUACCUAAUAUUUGGCUUGUAGUAUGCUUGGGUUUAUUCAAAUGAAUGAUCUUGACCAUAAAUUAAGUUUAAAAUAGUUUUAUUGACCAAAAUAUUAAAAAGACAGCUUUUAUACCUGCGAAACUCUGAGAUCUUAUAUCUGAUCUCUGAUACACUUGUUCUGAAUUAUGUUUAUGGCUUGCAUAACAUACAACAGGUACGCUGGCUUACAAAAUAAAUAACAGGUACGCUGGCUUACACAAUAAAUAACAGAUAUGUUGACUUACAUAUCAAACAACACAUACGCUGGCUUACAUACCAAACAACAGAUAUGUUGACUUAAAAAGUAAACAAAAGAUAGGCUGACUUACGUAGCAAACAACUGAUACACUGGCUUACAUAACAAACAACAGAUACGCUGGCUUACAUAACAACAAAUACGUUGGCUUACAUAACAUACAACAAAUACACUGGCUUACAUAACAAACAACAGAUACGCUGGCUUACAUAACAAACAACAAAUGCGUUGGCUUACAUAACAUACAACAAAUACACUGGCUUACAUAGCAAACGACACAUACACUGGCUUGCAUAACAAACAACAUAUAUGUUGACUUACUUAGCAAACGACAGAUACGCUGGCUUACAUAAAAAUCAGAUACGCUGGCUUACAUAAACAACGGAUACGCUGACUUGCAUAACAAACAACAAAUACCUUGACUUAAAUAACAUACAACAAAUACACUGGCUUACAUAGCAAACAACAGAUACGCCGGGUUACAUAGCAAACAACACAUACGCUGGCUUGCAUAACAAACAACAGAUACGCUGGCUUGCAUAACAAAACAGAUACGCUGGCUUACAUAACAAACAACAGAUACGCUGGCUUACAUAAUAAAUGACAGAUACACUGGCUUACAUAACAAACAACAGAUACGCUGGCUUACAUAAUAAAUGACAGAUACACUGGCUUACAUAACAAACAACAGAUACGCUGGCUUACAUAACAAACAACAAAUACGUUGGCUUACAUAACAUACAACAAAUACACUGGCUUACAAAACAAACAACAGAUACGCUGGCUUACAUAACAAACAACAAAUGCGUUGGCUUACAUAACAUACAACAAAUACAUUGGCUUACAUAGCAAACAACACAUACACUGGCUUACAUAGCAAACAACACAUACGCUGGCUUGCAUAACAAACAACAUAUAUGUUGACUUACUUAGCAAACGACAGAUACGCUGGCUUACAUAGAAAUCAGAUACGCUGGCUUACAUAAACAACGGAUACGCUGGACUUGCAUAACAAACAACAAAGACCUUGACUUAAAUAACAUACAACAAAUACACUGGCUUACAUAGCAAACAACAGAUACGCUGGCUUACAUAGCAAACAACACAUACGCUGGCUUGCAUAACAAACAACAGAUACGCUGGCUUACAUAAUAAAUAACAGAUAGGCUGGCUUACAGAACUAACAACAGAUACGCUGGCUUGCAUAACAAAACAGAUACGCUGGCUUACAUAACAAAUAACAGAUACGCUGGAUUACAUAGCAAACAACAGAUACGCUGGCUUACAUAAUAAAUGACAGAUACACUGGCUUACAUAAUAAAUGACAGAUACACUGGCUUACAUAACAUGCAAUAAGUACGCUGACUUACAUAAAAAAAAACCAAGUGCAAUCAAUUAUUGCGAAAGCUCACCGGUGGCAGCAAUCACACUUUGCAUUCAUUUUUUAUGUAUUUAUACGCAUGUCAUUUUGAAAUUGUACGUCACACAAUAUCGCUCCUGGACCUCUUAUGGAUGUAUAAACCAAAUAAAAAGGGUGUGGACUUACAAGCUUUCCAAAACUUACCCCCAAAAUCUUUAAAGAGGGUUUUUGUGCUAAAACAAAAUUAAGCCCACUAAAUGGUAAAAUGCGAAAAAAUCACUAUUUUUCUGCAUGAUUUUUCUAUAACAUCAUAGCAAACAACAGAUACGCUGGUUUACAUAGCAAACAACAAAUACGCUGGCUUCCAUAACAAACAACAAAUACGCUGGCUUACGCUGGCUUAUAUAACAAACAACAUAUUUACUCUGACGUGUCUAUUUGCUUAUAACAAGAAAAUAUAUCAAUUUGUAAUAUUGUUGUUGUACUGACCUAUUUAUUUAUAAUAUUGCUUUUUGUCGCUUGCAUGAACUUGCUACAUUUUGUGGUGUAUAUUAACAAUUAAGGACAUCUUUUAAUUAAACAAUUCACGGCUU